AGGCCAUCAGUCGGCACUUGACGCGCGCGAGAGCCGCUCACGGCCGUAGCCGAGAAAUUGUUUUCCUUCUUGAAAUACCAGGAUUGUGUUUUUUGUGCGUUGGAUUUUUUUUCGGAGAUAAUGAGGAAUUGGUGAUACGGGUUUUUGAAAAAAAAAACUAGUGAGAGUGGCUGGUGCGUGGUUCGAAGUUGGGAGGAUGCAGCUGCUGUCGAGCUUCAUGGCGAGACACCUGAAACGCGGUCCGUCCCUGAAAAAAGGGAAGAGGGAUAGCGGACCGAACAGUCCAGUGGGUUCGCAGCCGUCGCCGAGCGCCGGAACAGCGGCGACCAUCCGGUCGAUCGCUGCCGAGUUUCCCGGCCAGUGCAACGGCGGCGUACUUGACGGUGUCCUGCCGGGUCCAGCCAACAGAAUGAUCCCCGACGAUCCAGCCGCCGACGAUGAGUUCGCCACCGCUGUCGCCCAGAAAUCACUGCGCGACACCGAGGCCCUACGCGGUGCUUUGUAUCUCGGUCUAAGCGUAACAGUAGCUUGGAUCGUAGGCGUAGCCGGUUUAUCACUAGCCUGGCUUAUGCUCAUCUUGGCGUUCACCGGCACGAUGACCAAAGCUCGGAUAUCGCGCCUCCUGCAGACGGCUUUGCAGCAGGAGCUCGCGAGGCUGCGCAGGAGGCGCGCGCUCUACAAGGACGAAACAGCAGAGUGGCUCAGUCUUCUCAUCAACAAGUGGUGGAGGUUCAGCGCGGCGAGUAUCUUCUCCCAGGCGAAGGAGAGACUGGAGCCUCUGUUAAACGAGGCGAAACCAGCGAUUUUAGGCUCGCUGGAACUACGAGAGCUGACACUGGGCGAGCAGACGCCCUGCGUCACGAGGAUAAGAACCCUCGAGUACAACGGGGACGACGAGUCGGCCCUCGGCGGUAGCCGCUCGACGAGGCUCUGCAUCGAGGCCGAUCUCAAUCUCGAUUGCGAACAGUUUCGCAUGCUCAUCGCCACUAGGCUCUUCGGCAAGGGAGUCGGUAUGGACAUGGAUCUAGCCGUGGAGAAGCUUUCGAUCUCGGGGACGAUUUUGGCCUCGUUAACCCUAGACGCAAACGCACCGUUCCCACACGCAAGUCACCUCUCUCUGAGCUUCGUCGAGAAGCCGGACGUCUGGUUCAGCGUCCGACUGCUGCGCAGUGUCCAGAUGAUGGAAGUGCCAUUGCUCAAGACCUGGAUACACGCCGUCGUCUCCGACGCACUCGCCAGUUGGCUCGUCGAUCCGGGACACCUCGAGCUUGAUUUGAGAGCCCAGGAGCGACCUGGACCCGGGUUUGAUUGCUUGGCUGCCAGCACACCGCAGGGUGUGCUCACUGUCUCCUUGGCCCAGUGCGCUGCUUCGCUUGCAAAUACCAGCGACGAGGUCCGAUGGCUGGUGGUGACGAUCGGCGAUCAGCGUCGCGUUACCUCACAGCUAAGCCCGACCUGGAACGAGGACGUCUCCUUCUUGGUUGGAGCACUUGACAACGAGCGCAUCCUCAUCAAGCUCAAAGCCAAGCGGCUCGUCAGUACCAUCACCCUUGCCCAAUUCGAACUUGUCCUGGGCGUCUACAACUGGGAGAAUUCUCAAGUAGUGGAAACAGUGCUGCAGCAGAAGAAGCCGUCCCGCAGCAGUAUGAACAUUCCGAGCAUAAACGCGAGACUGGAGUACGCGCCGCUGCCUACUCUUGAGCCAGACGCGCCGCAGCCGAGCCUUACCGACUCUAUGGACUCGCAUUCCUCCGGUGUUCUCGUGGUGUACAUCCAUUCGGCAGAGAAUCUCAAUAGCGACACGUCGCAGUGCAAUCCGUACUGUUUACUCUUCAAUAAUCGCAAAAAGGUAAAAACGACUCAUUACGUUCGCAGUACCAACUCACCACGUUGGGAGUCUCGCGCGGAAUUCCUCGUCCAGGAUUACACGCAGGUGUCCUUGAGCUUUGUCAUUUACUCCUGGAACAUCUCGAAGAUGGCCGAUACCGACAUGCUGGGCCUAGCCAUGUUGUCUCUAUCCCCGGGAAUGAAAUGGAUAGUGCGCAAAGAACUGACGCUGAGUGGAUCGAAUGGUUUGUCAACGAUGACAGUAUCAGUACUGUUUCAUCCGGUCCGCGGUGUUCAGCAAGUAUCGCCGAGCCGGCGCAACAGCGUCAACCAAGUUGCGGUCGAAGACGAGCCGAAAACCAAAAGGAACAGUCUUCCUUGGAUGCAGCAAGCGAAGUUGCUGCUAACACAUCGGGACAUCGACACAGCGGCUUCGGACGUGUCGAGCUUGUUGUCGACGGGUAGUGGUCUGAUGGAGGUCACCUUACUCCGAGCUAAGGACCUCGUAGCCAAGGACCUAAAUGGAUUCAGCGAUCCAUUCUGCGAGCUCAGAUUGAACAACGAAACCAAGUACAAAAGCAGCGUCAAGAAGAAAACGUUAAAUCCGUGCUGGGACGAAAGCUCCAUUAUGGGGCUGCCGCGCAGCGGUGAAACUCUGGAUGUGGUGUUAUGGGAUCACGACACUUUCGGUAUGAAAGAUUAUCUUGGUAAAGUGUCAUUAACUCUGGAGGAAAUUCGAAGACUGUCGAAUACCGAUCAGUCCUACUGGUUCACUCUUCGCGGUACAAAAUCUGGCUCUAUUGAACUUAAAGUCAAAGUUUUGUCAGAAGAAUGCGAGACUCAAAGUACUUAUGCUACAAGUACUGUCAGCGAAGCCUCGACCAGACCCAGUGAGUCCCAAGACAUCCCAGUGCAGACAGCAACCGCGAGUAUCAUCCGAAGACCGUCAAUGGAAAAAUCCAGGAUGAGGCUGCACCUGGAACCCGUUGUUCCACCUCCUCCACCGCCCAGAACCGUAACUUUGAUCAAACCGCCUACAGUUCCACAAAAUCGUUCGGCACAAUCUUCGCCGUCGAUCAAUGUGCGAAAUGCAAACAACGCGGGAAAAGUACUUGCAAAAGCCAAAGAGUAUGAGGAAAAUCAUAUGUCCGCCAAUAAUCAGUGGAGCUGUAAGAAGAAUGGAGAGCAAAUCGAGUGCGUUGACGAGACUGACGAUCCCAAGUUGAAAAUGGCAGCGAGCCAUCACGAUCUAACUCCCAGUCCGGAUCAGAGCUUUGGGAAAAAAAUACCACAGUACAAUAGCUUUCGAAUGAUGAAACAGAAGAUGAAACGAGGGUUGAAGUUGCGAAGAUUUCGUUCGGAAGUAAACAUCGAAGACAGCAAGUGCGAUCCCAACAAAGGCGUGACCCUGAGCCUCGAGCCUCGUGGCGCGGGCGAGGCCGACGCAACGGAACUACUGCAGAACUCGUGUUUGUCGCACGCUGUCUCUCAGCCGGACAUGUUAUCCAGAGUCCGACAGCCUAGUCCCAAGUUGAGGCUUAGACCCAGUGAGCUUAAACUUAUGAAUGGCAUGAGAGAAAAAUACUCGGGAGUCGAAGGAAAGGUACUCCAAGCGCAAGGUCUUCACGUAGCUCACAUCGCUCAGCUCUACUGCCGCGUUAAAUUCCAGAAUUGCACGAGUCCGGAGAAGAUGACAAUGUCGGUGACCGGAGGAAAAACCAUCGCAAAGUCGCGAUUACUGCCCGCAAUGCCUAAUCCUCAAUUUUGUAUCGAUUUCCAACUCGACCACGACUCCGUUCCACGACAGGCAAUGCUCGUCUUUGAGAUUCGCAGUGCUAGCAAAGAAUUGUUGGCCAGUCGGCGAAUCAGUCUGCAUGAGCUUUUAGGUACAUCGUCAGCGACAAAUGAAGUGCGCACAUGGCUUGCCCUGAAUAAUGGUGCGUCUAUGGAAAUUCAAAUAGCCCACGGUCGUGAGAUCAAACGAUCAACGAAGAAACUCUUCAGAUCGUGGUCGGUGCACCGCAUCGGAAAGAUUUAAGUGGACGUUGCCAAAGCUUGAAAAAUUCUGACUUUGUACAUUAAACAUGCAGUUCUUUAUUGAAUCUCUCUUAAAUAUUUAUAUAAGGUAUCGGUAGAUUUUUUUAUUGUAAAUAAUGCGUUGACGUUUGCAAUAAUUGAGUAAGGCUGGUUAAAAACAUUACACUAUGUUGUGGACAUUUUCCUCCUGAUAAGCGAGUUGAUUUUGGCAGCUUCUUAUAAAAAGGUGACAGUACCUGAGAAAAUACUAAGAGAAUUUUCGAAUAUGGUAAUGUUAAAAUAAUGUAUGUACAAAAAAUGAAAAUUAAAAUUGAAAAUCCUAAUAUAUAAGUAGACUGCAAUAGAAAUAUUGGAUUAUAAUUAUGCAUUGCGUAUACACAGUAUAUAAUAUUAUAUAGAAAUCGAUUGUCUAAACAUUCCAUAUUAUUCUUUGUGAUUGUGACUCGUAUCAUUUUCUAGAAAAUGCAAUGAAUUCAAGGGGAUGUCAGCUAAAAACACUGCUUUUUAUUACGUAUUACUUUUCGAAUAAAGCUUAAAAAUGAAGUAUGUAGCGCCAUAGUGUUAAGUUUAAUGAAUCAUUUUAUCAAAAGCAAAUGUUAAUCAGACAUUAAGUCUAUGUAAAAAUUUGAAAAUACAAAUUACAGGGGACCGGGCUGGAUGUUGACAUCUCCUUAAGUCUAUUAUGAAAUUAAAGUAUACAGAAUAGUAAUCUUUGAUAUUUUUCUACUUUGCUAUAUUUAAAAAUAGCGCAAAUAUUUAGUAUUAGAUGUAAGAAAUAUGAUUCAUGUUAAUGAAAACUGAAGAUCUAUUUAAAAAAUUGUAAUAAGAAUACAAUGUAUAAUCACUGUGGGUAUAAUAAUAGAAGUAAUAGAGUAAUUAGCUCAGUUAAAACAAUAUCAAUAUAAUUUUAUGGAAAUUUAUCUUCAACAUAAAUUUUGUUUUACAAAAAAAUCAAAUAAUGAAAUUAAUUAUAUGAAGAUAUUUAUUUUUAUUAGAAUAAACGAAUAAAAAGUAUUAAAAUAUUGGUAAAUAUAUGAUAUAUAUAAUAAUAUAAAUACAAUUUAACAAAGAGAAAAGAAAAUAUAACGUUAAUUCUACAGUUCAAAAGCUACAAAAAAUUUAGCAUCAGACGAGCAAACAAAAUGCAUAUAUACAAAUACACAUACAUAAAGUAUUAAAGCCUGAUUAAGAUUACUUAUUAAAAUAAUAACUUUUGAUAAUGUUAUAUGUUCAUCACCAAGCACUUUUAAUAUUAAAUGAGACUGCCUUAUGCAACAGAAAUAAAUACGUAAGUAUAUAGAGCCUUGUUGCAGGCUUUUGUUGUUCACCAGGUAUACUAUAUUCAUUAAAUUAGUUUAAUUAAUGUAUUUCUAUGUAUAAAACUUUUACGAUGCAAUAAUAAAUUUUAAUGUCCACGAGACAUUAACAAAUUUUUUACAAUACAAA